AAGCAAUUAAGACCACUGAUUCGUGUUUCUUCUGUGAGAGUAGUCUCUUCACAAGUUAGACUUCCUCCUUUUUUGUAUUCCAUUAGUUUCCAAAGGUCGUUGUAAUUUUCUUACACAUGCACGGCAAUCAUUGUCAUUACUGUAUCACAUACAUCCUGUUUCAAUCCGUAGACAUUUCUUGAAGCGAUCCUUCGCACGACAGUUAAAGUUCGUUGCAAUAAAAGACAAUACCUCCCGAGCAAGCAAUGGAGGAACAGACGAAAAGAAUUCUUUUUCUCAUCUGUCUGGUGACAUUUGUGUCGAAAAAUUUUUUGUCAUGCACGGAAAUUUCCUCGCAGAUUAACCUUGACUCGAAAGAAGAUGAACGAAGCUCGAGUGACCCCAAUUCGAAGGAUAUGGUCAGUUUGGACAGAAUCACUGGUAGAACGGAAAUCCGUUAUUUACUCGAUCAAUUAAGGCAAAGAACAACUAAUAUUGCACGAGGCGAUUUAGAAAAAAUAUCAGAUAUUAUUAAUAACAUCCACAUCAUUAUAAAUGGACAAGAAAUAAAACCAAGCGCAGAUGGCUGUCAAAAUCGUAUUUGCAAAGUGUCAAUGUCAUCGACCCGUGAUGACGAGGGCAACAUCAUAACUGACGUGCAUCUCAGAAUAAUAACGAAAUCCGAGGUCGAUUCUAAGGUCAAUGAAAUUCCAGUCGUCGAUGGCUUUCGAGGCGUAGAAGAUACGCCUGAUCAUCCUGUCAGGUCAUUAGGUUCGACACCACAUUGGCGUAACUAUAUUCCACAGGUAAAUCUAAUUCAAACUCGUUUUCAAAAUGGUGAACCUUGGUAUCAAGGUGAGAGAGCAUUUCAAAGACCUCAAAUAGGCCGUCGUUACCACUUCCCGACACAAUUUACCGGCGGACGAUUUCCACAGUAUGGCGGACGGCCAGCUGCUGCACCCGUUGUUGAUGAUAAGAUAGAACCACCGCUGAGUAAAACCCAAGGAAGCAACGAAUAAAAAGCAAAUUGUCACGAUUGUAGCAUCUUCUGGUUGUAAAUAUUAUUGUCACAUUUAAUAAAUUACAGGCACUGUUGAUAAACAAUCCUUACGGAAGAAUUAAAUAAAUUCAAAUGACUUCAUGACAUUACUACUCUAUUAAAUAAAUAUUAGAAUAAUAACUUUUAUGUAGGAUAUCCUAGAAAUUGCAAUGUAGAUAAUACGAAGAUAACUAAUUAGGUAUAAUUUUUAAAAUACGCCAAUAUAAUAGCUCCAUUUUUUAAAUAUAGUGUUUAUGAAAAUGAAUUAAAUAAACAGUGUGUUUUUAUGUUCGUAAUCUUGCUUAUAACGUUAACACUUCUCGUUUUAAUUUGAUCAGAAAAAAAUCAUAAUGUCAACUGUGGUAAUGUGUCGGUUUUUGAGCAUAACUCUAUUCCUCUUCGAUUUUAUUAUGAAUUUUCAUACAGCUCGUAUAAAAAUCUGUCAAAAUGUAAAAUUCCCUAGUAGUUUCUUCGCUCAAGAUGGCAAAAAAGCUCCUUCUAUUAUCAAAACAUUUCACGAUUUGAGUUGUACUUAAAUAGAUGAGUAUUUUUAUGACAUUGCUGUAAAUAUAUUUGACAAGCAAACAAUUAAUAGUAUUCUAUAUAACCCUGAGUUACAGAAAAUCUCGAUUUAAAUAGGACAAAAGAAUAAAGAAAAGCUGCUGCACCUUAUCGCAACAUGCGAUGGUUCAGUAAAAGCGGUUAUUGGUAUUGUACAUUCCAUCGAUGGCGUAGGAUUUAAUCUUCAACGGUGCGGAAAGUAAUUUUUCCAUUGUCGUUAACACCAGUCGUUGAUACUUUAUGAGACAUUGGUUUGCCAUCUGGACCAACCACAGUGUUCGAACUCGAGCUAGAAAAUACUCCGUAAGAGCCACUAGAAGGUGGGGGAAUAUCUUCGGCAAAUCUGGACUCAAUUCCCGGC